GUGAUGAGUUGUAUUUGAUCACGCUGAACUAAUAUCACCCUUAACACAAAACAUUAUCGUCAAGCUGUAAAGUGAAGAGCAGGGAGGGCUAAAUACUUGUGGGUGAAAUUUGUGUAAACCACCGUCCUACAGCUUGUACCAACAGGAGUAAUGACGAAUAUGUCAAGUAAAAUGCUCAAGGCAUGAUAAAGAGGAAGAACCCAUCCGUCACCCUAUUAAGACUGUCUUACUAAUAACUCUGAUGGGUUUUUAGUCUUCACUAGAUGUGCUUGAACAACCACCGUAUAAACUCUACACUGGAUAAUAUAAUAUUAUAAUAACAAACAAUAAGAAUAGGUGGACAAUGGAGCAACUUGAAAAUUUAGAGUGGUUUCAUCCGGCAAUGAACAGACAUACAGCUGAAAGUCUUUUAAUGCAGAAUGCACAAGAAGGGACUUAUUUAUUACGACCUAGUUCUACAGACGGGGAAUGUGCAUUAUCUGUCAGAUGUGAAAACUCAGUUAAACAUUUCCAUAUUGUAUAUACGGGUACAGAAUAUAAAUUUGGUCAUGGGAAAUUUGAAAAACUUGAGACUUUAGUAGAACAUUUUCAGAAUCAGCCAUUGAUUGGUGGAGAAUCUGGUCAAUUGGUGUUAUUAAACUCACCCUACCCACGGGAUAUAGAGGAACCUGAUAAUUACGAGUCAGUUACAGUACAUGCUGAGUUCAGUUCCGGUAGAAACAAGUUACAGCAAGAAUUUUCAAUAAACUCCAAAGAAGGUUAUUUAACCAAGUUAGGUCUAAUAUUCAAGACGUGGAGAUAUCGUUGGUUUGUUUUACAGAGAAAUGAAUUAAAGUAUUAUAAAUGUAAAACAGAUAAAAUGCCAAUACGUGUUUUAGAUUUAAAUGAAUGUACAGAAUGUAGUAAAGAUAAUUCGUUUAAAGAUAAAUGUAAUCUAUUCAGGUUAAAGUUUACUUGGAGAACAUUUUAUUUCUUUGCCGCCACAGAACAAGAUAUGGAUGAAUGGAUUCGUGUGAUUACUUGGAGAUUACAAAACCAGAGAAAGGUUUCUACUAACUCUCAAUAAUGAGACUCAGUUGCAAUUAUGGUGUGGUUACCGCAAGUCGAUGAUGGUGCAAUGAAGAUACGUAUGGACAGACACAAACAUAAUCUUUAGUUUUACUCUGAACUGACGUAUUCAACAUAAACUUAUAUUUGUAUUGAAAUAUAUUAUCUUAGUAAACACAAUCGUGCAUUUGCUGUAUCUAUAAAUUUUGGUGAUAUUCUGUUCCAUACAGUAAAUGUUGAUAUUCUAUUACUCGGAUUUAAGACGUUCUAUUUCUUGUUUGGCGUAUAUCUGACUUGGCCUUCAUUCAAAUAAACAAGAUCUUGAAACGCAGGUUAUUCUUAACUAUCAUCAAGAAAUCGAACUUUAAAAUCAGAUGUUAUUUAAUCAGUGAUAUAUAUUUUAUUUAAUCCACGUUUUUGUCAGCUCUUUCAGUUUUAUUGUGUUUAUAUUUUAAAUGUUUUAUUUGUAGCAAAUCAACUGUAUAUAAAAGAAUGCCCAGUGCUAUGUGUGAUACAUA